AUGGGUAUGAGUGUAAAUCGUGAUCAACCUGUCAAUGUCGAUUUCAUGUGGGAAAAUCAACCAUGGGGUGAUCAUACAAAUUCAGAAAAUAUAGGUGAGAGUAGCAAACAAAAUUUAGAUAAGAAAUCAAUGAAUCAGAAAGAAGGUAUUAGUGAAGGAGAAGUUCCUGUGAAUAGAAAACGAAGUCGAGGGGGAGUUGUGAUUAGAACAGAGAAUAACAUUAAAAAUGGGGAUGACAAUGGUGGAAAGUAUCGUAACUCUGAUAAGGAGAUGCAUAUAUUGACUGAGAGGGAAAGGAGAAAGAAAAUGAAGAAUAUGUUUUCCAACCUUCAUGCCUUACUUCCUGAACUGCCUUCUAAGGCUGAUAAGUCAUCAAUUGUGGAUGCGGCAGUGAAAGAAAUUAGCAAUCUAAAACUAGUCGUUGAACAACUAGAAAAAAAGAAGCAAGAAAAGCUCAACCCUGCAUCCAAUUUUAGGACUGAGUCAUCAUUUGUAAGGAACUCACAGUGGCAUCCCUAUGAAUCAAGGGAAGCAAAUGUAAAUGUUCAAGGAUCCUCAAGUUAUAAUAAUAACUUUUCUACUCGUGUAAUGGAACCUUCACCACAACAAGUAGCUUUUCAAACAUGGCCUGCUCAAAAUGUUGUCUUGAACAUUUGUGGCACUGAAGCUCAAUUUUGCAUUUGUGCAACUAAGAAGUCAUGCUUCUUAACAACAAUUGCUUUUAUAUUGGACAAAUAUAUGAUUGAUGUUGUAUCUGCAACCAUUAAGUUCAAUGAAAAUGGACAUUUCUACCUAAUUCAGAUUCAGGCAAAACAACGUUCACAUGAUACAAAUUCAAUGGAGGAAAUUUACAAGCAAGCAGCUAGAGAAAUUAUGACAUGGAUCGCUUAA